GACGUUCGGCAACAACGUUUAUUUCAUAUAAAUUACGUAAAAGCAAAAUAUACGCCGAGUAGAAAUUUCAUUGACGGGAUCAUGAAACUUGUACGAACUGGAGAUCGGGGGCGAAUAUUGAUCAAGGGUUGUAUUGCGCGUGUGUGCGCGCACCCCUCACACCGAUAGGGCGUUGCGCGCGCUAAUGUGCGUGCGUGUGUUGUCCAUGUGCCAGCGAGCGAGCCGGGAUCCUCCUGUGCCGACUGAGUUUAUAAUAAACACUAAUGCUCUAUUUAAUGCUUGUAUCUAUCGUUAUCUAUUCAACUUCGAACUAAAUGUGACUUUCGCGAGAUGUGAAGUAAUUCGCCGCGACAGCACUCGCGAACUGGCCGCGAUGGCACCGUAAAAAUCAAUAAAUCUCCCAGUGGAACUCGUAUAUUGCAUUCUACUUAGUGACUUUAACACCAGUGUCACAAAUGAAUAUAUCGCGAGUGAAUGCGAAGUGUAUUUGCUUUACAGUGCGGCCGAAAGGUCUAUAAGGCGAGUUCCCGAUGUUCAAUCACAAGUUACCGACUGACUUUCCGAUGCAAACCCUCCGUAAGAAAACCAGCCCUUGCAAAUUCAUUUAUGAACCUCUCGCAGACAAGAACGAGCCGGGUCGCUUCCUCGGCGAGGGUGUCUCGUUUCGCGCCAAACUUAUCGGCGUACUCGAGGUACCGGAGGCGCGAGGUGACAGGAUGUGUCAGGAAGCGCUUGCAGAUUUAAAGAUGGCUAUUAGAGCGGCAGGGGAGCAUAAACAGAGGAUACAGGUCCAUGUUGCCAUCGAUGGACUGCGCCUGCGCGAUGAUAAGACCGGUGACUCUUUGUAUCAUCAUCCUGUUCACAAGAUAUCCUUCAUCGCGCAGGACAUGACGGACUCUCGUGCGUUCGGCUACAUAUUUGGAUCUCCCGACACCGGUCAUCGCUUCUUUGGUAUCAAGACUGAUAAAGCAGCUAGUCAAGUAGUUAUAGCAAUGAGGGACUUAUUUCAAGUAGUAUUUGAACUUAAGAAAAAAGAAGUAGAAAUGGCAAAGCAGCAACUUGAAGGGAAAAAUGUUACCAGUAGUCUCAUACGGCAUACCGCCAGUACUGUUACAGAUACAAAAACUAAGAUUAUACCAAUGACUGGGGAGCCUAGUUCUUCUAUAACAAAACCCGAAGGUGCUGGAGAAGGGGGAGUCGCAGAGCUGGUAGACUUGGAACAAGAGCUGUGCUCGCUGAGAAGAGGUCUCACGCAGGUCGAGGGCCUGACUCCUUCGACCGAUCCUUUCGGGGACUCAUUUAUUAUCCCUGCUCAGAAGGGGCUGUUGCCCCCUCCCCCCGGCGCGCCCCGCGGCCGCGUCCCCCCGCGCUCGCUGAGCCCCGGGAAGCCGGUUUCCUUUGACCUUUCGUCGGUUGCGGGCGACUUCGAACCCAAGCCCGCCACGCUCGUGGACGAGCCGGACCCGCCGGAGCUCAAAAACCCACCAAAGAAAGUGCUCAAAGACCUCGUACCGCCGACGCAUUCCCUCCUAUCCGAUAUCUUGCCGGGCCCGAGCGAGACGCGGGCGGAGGCCUACGGGCCGCCCACGGCCCUGAGCUCCCUGUCCCGGCACUCUGGCGGCACGGUCGCGAUAGCUAAGCCGCCUCGGCCGACAUUCUCGUCCGACUUUUUUGCGUCCGAUCCGUUCGCGGAGACCGACCCCUUCGACAACACCGACCCCUUCUCCGACACCUUCAGAGACGACCCCUUCACGAGCGUGCAGGAUUUCCCGAAACUCUCCUCGCUGAGGACCGAGGAGCCGAAGAGCGACCUCAGUAAGGAAUUGAUACAGGAUAAGCUGGAGCCGGAAACGGCCCGGAACGUGUUCAAUGGGCCGCUGCAGGUGUCGCUGCCGCCGGAGCCGGCGCCCAAGUCGCCGCGACUGCCGCGACAGAACACGAACACGAGUACUAUCAGACAGCGACCGCACGCCAGCUCCAAGCUGAACUCCGAGAGCGCGUCGCCCCCUCCCCCUUUACCCCCUAAGAAGAUUGCCGAACUCAGCCUCAUCCCGCCGCCGCGACCACCACACGACCAUGAAGAUAUGGAAGAGUCGGAAACACCACCGUUACCUAAGCCUGCCAGGAAGAAGGAGCCGUUGGCCGACCGCAGCAUGAAGCCGCGUCAGUCGUCGCUGGCCACGAACAGCAGCGAGGACGAGUACCUGACGCCGGCGCCGCCCCCCCUCCCCGCCGCCAAGCGCUUCGACAUCACGCUCAGCCAACUACUGACACUCACUAUGGACGAUUUAGCCGCCAGACUCCGCGUACCAGCUGCCACGUUAUCCUCAAUGACUCUACCUCAACUCACAGACUACCUCAGAUCAUAUGUGGCGACAGAAAACGAGAAAGCGCACGUACAUAUGGACGCAGCCAUCCGACCAGAAAAGGAAAGAAUAACUCCAAUGAUUCCUGAAAUAUCUGCACCAUCUAUAGUACCAGAAAAACCCGCCGUCAAAGCACCCGUAACUACAGAAUUCAAACCCCAGUUUGAAGAUAAUUUCGCUCCGACUGAAACCUCAGAUGGUUUUGUAGCCAAUUUCGAUGAUUUUGAGCAAAAAGCAAAUCCCACUUACGACAAAUAUGCAGCAUUUAGAGAAAUACAAGAACAAGAAUUGAAAGCAAAGUCAAUAUUAGAUCCUAUCGCUUCAGAAGUAAAACAAGAGGACGACAAAGAGUUAACAUCAAUAGCCGACUUAAUAAAAACAGAAGAACAUAAAGUCGAGGAGAGGAAAGAACUAGACAAGAGUCCAUUAAAAAGCUUAGACGAGCUCACGAUAGAUUCGUUCAAUAUGUUUCGUAAUUCUGUAAGUCCGAAACCCAUCGAUGCAAAAAUCGAAGACAUAAAGACGGUUAUGAAAAAUUUGCAAAUAGAAAAGUCUAGGCGUAGCGUCUCGCCGCGCGAUAACGGCGUAACAGAGACGAAAUCCGACGACAACAACGACAGAUAUGCUGCUUUACGUGAAAUAACAAUAAUAGAACCGCCGGACGAAUUCGAAUCAAUACCGCCAGAAGCGCCCAAGGAACGCAAGAAGUCUGACGAAAAAUCGGACGGUUUUGAUAAUUCCGAUUUUUUCGAUUGUAUCGAUAAUAGUUCCCUAUCUUUUAAUGUGGAGGAUGCAUUCAGAAAGAGCCCUGGAGUUAAAGAUAAGGAAGAGGAGAAGAAAGUUGAGGAAAAGAAAGAGACGCCGAUAGAAGUAAUGCCGCCGCCGCCGGUGAGAGAUCUGCAGCCGCCGACGCGGCUCUCCGCUGGGUCCAUUAGUGAUGUGAAUAGCGGCUCUUCUCCAGAUACUAAAGACCGAUGCCUUCCCCCUGUGAUGUCGGUGGGGGGCCUCACGCGUUUGGGCUGGGGAGAGGGCUGGUCCUCCGACUCGCGCGACUCGGAGCCGCGCACCCGACGACGACGGACGCACAACAGGGGACUGUCUGUGCAAACGUCGUCGUCGUCGCGCGACGUGUCCCCGUGGGACGAGGAGCCGCCGCGCCGCGCCGCGCGCCGCGAGCGGGAGUCGCGGGAGUCGCGGGAGUCGCGGGAGUCGCGGGAGUCGCGACACAAUUCAUCCGGUUCUAGAGAAUGUCUAGACUCUGGCAGUGGAAGAGAAAAGGAAAAGCCGAGAGAUAAGCGGGGCAGUAGAGAUAUCGAUUUGAAUAGAGACGGUAGAGAAUCCGCCAGGGAUAGGAGGGACUCCGGUAGCGGGAGAGACAGGCGUGACGUCAGCAAGGAGAGGGACCACAGGGACCACAGGGAGAGAGACAGGCGUGAUCGGAGAAGUAGAGAGAGAGAGAAGGAUACGUGGAGUAGAGAGAGGAAUUACAGUAGGGAGAGAGAUUACAGAGACUCGCGGAGCAGAGAGCGGUCGAAAGAUUAUAGAGACAUGGACCGGCAUCGGAAACCGAUACAUUCAUACGACGAGGAAGACUACAGCGACGGCGGCUCUGGAAGGUCUUCUCCCCGGGAGCGGUGGCCCGACCAGCGCUGGAGAAGGGAUGAGAGAAAUUACGGUUCCUUAGGUUGGCGGGAAACUCGACGAAGAAAUGAAUUAAGACAAAGUGAAGAUCCAAACGAAAGAAGAUAUGGAUCUACAUUAGGUUGGCCGGGUCGUCGCUCAACAACUAUUGCUUCUAGACGGGAAGUCGAGCGAGAAAUGCGGGACGCUAGGGAAUCCGCCCGGGACGCGCGUGACGCUAGAGAUUCCGGCCGCGACUCAGGAAGAGAUUCGAGAGAUCCUCGGGACUCGGGCAGGGACUCUCGAGACGCGCGGGAUUCCGGUAGAGACUCGGGAAGGGAUUCGCGCGAUCCGCGAGACUCGGGGCGCGAGUCGGGACGGGAUUCGAGGGACGCGAGGGAAGCAGUCCGGGACGCCCGGGAUCCGAGGAGGCGGCGACGUGAGGAGCCUCGGACAAGACCGCGGGAUUACCGCUUUUCGAACGAUUUUUCCCCGCGGGAGAGAGAGCAUACAUCGCCCUUCGACAACGAUUUUCAAGAUACACCCACACCGACUACGAAGAAACGAGCACCUUACUCUUGCCUUGAGGGAACGAGAUUCGGCUUUGAACUAGAAGACUCGACGGCAUCCCCCUUGUCGGGCAGCUCCGCCCGAGCGCGUGACGGGGAUUCUCCGGCGACACGAUUCCGGUUCGACUCAGACUCGCUUUCGCCUCGCUCCAUGUUCGAAGAUGACUUCACGACUAUCUCCACCCCCAGAGGUCGGACCGCCUCCAUCGCCGAGGAGGACGAGGGGGACCUGCCCCCGCUGAGGGCGAAGCCUCAACAGCACAGGGACAUUAAAAAAUCGGAUUCCGUCAAUAUAUUCACGAGAGAGUCGGACCCGUUCGAGGGCGAUGCGUUCUUCGCGUGCACGGGCUCCGACAGGGUGGCGCGUCGGGAGAACUGGCCGGGAGACUUCCAGGGCUUCGACAACGCGUGAGACACACGCGUGCGCCCCGCCGUCACGGCUGUGACAUUGCAGGCAGAAAGCGUUCCGAAGGUCAGGUUCGCUUUUCUAAAGUCCAUUUGAUAAAAGUUUGAUCAUUGAAUAAUCGGAAAAGUGCCCUAAGCAAUGCUUGUUUGAUGAAAUGUAACGAAUCGGUUUGGUUUUAUAUAUAAUUCAGUCAAAUUACUUAAGAAUUGAACACACUGUAUAUGCGCUAUGCUUGCCACAGUACGUUUACUGAAUAUGUCGGUAGGUAUAUUUUUUUUCGUGAUCAACGAUUUGAACCACUUCAGCCAGAGAAAAUAAGAAUAUCUCUAUCUUUUACAAUAUUUUCAAAUUAUUACUUUCGUUAUUCGCCACGAAACGGCCAUUGAACAAUGAAUCCUACGCUAAUCAAAUUAGAAUGUAAUAUUAAGGAUCUCAUAUUUAUUAAUACAUAAUAAAUUAUACAUUAAGCAACAAGUAAACUAUCAUCUCUCAUAUUUAAUUAGUAUAUAAACCCUAUUUAUUACUAAAUGUACAAUAAUAAGGUCAUAUAAAAACCUUAGUGUUACGUUUUUAUAAGGUAUGUAUAAAUUUGGACCGUUAUCAAGUUUGUAUAUGCCUUUAGACAACCUGUGAUAUGUAUAAGCAACGCCCAAGCUGAUUCUUUUCUCAACGCUUGUUAGUCAUUUGUCAUCGAGUCGGUCCAUUUAACAUAAGUAAAUUUAUUCAAAGCAUUAGACAACUAAUGUUAACAGUAUGUAUCAAAUAUUUAAUGAAAUACUAUUCUUUUAGUCAAAUAUAAAAGACAAAUCAAAACGCAGCUAUAUAUCGACAGUUACCAAUAGGUAUUAAUAGUGUAAUUUUUUUUUUACAUUAUUACACAAACAUUUUGUGUAUUAUUUUGUCCAAUAUCAAAAUCAUACCUUUAAUCGCGGUAAUGUAUUUAAAGCACUAUUAAAUAUCGUUCUGGGCACAAACAUUUUGAAUUUCGUUUAUUGGUAUUGUAAAUAUUUUGCUAUGAACUGAUAAUUUUGAAGCGCUUUGUAAAUAAAAUUUUUAUUAUUUACCGCGUUAGUGCAAUCACAAUCACUUAGUACAUAAUAUUGUAUUCGUAUUGUUAUGGCAUUUUAAUUCAGCAUUUAUUCAAUAAUGGCUUUCGAAACAAAAUAACAAAGAUAUUGCUAGAUAUUUAUUGCACCCAAUGUAAUGUAUCAAACAUUAUUUAUAUUAAUUGAAUUAAAAUUAUGCAAUCCAUAAUUGAAUCCAUUUGUUGAUAUCUUUAUACUGCAUAAAUUAUAUUUAUAAAUGUAUUUUUUUUUUACAUUAAUCAUUCUUCUCAAA